AUGGCUCCCGAACGUGUUUGCCUUGCCUACUCUGGUGGUCUUGACACCAGCACCAUCCUCCGAUGGUUGGUCCUCCAGGGCUACCAGGUUGUCUGCUUCCUUGCCGACUGUGGUCAGGAGGAGGACUUUGACGCCGUCAAGGUCAAGGCUGAGAAGCUCGGCGCUGAGCGCAUGAUCAUCCUCGAUGUUCAGCAGGAGCUUAUCGACGAGCUUGUCUGGCCUGCUGUCCAGUGCAAUGCCAUCUACGAGGACCGAUACCUCCUCGGAACCAGUCUUGCUCGCCCCGUCAUCGCCAGGGCUAUGGUCAAGGUCGCCAAGGAGCACAACUGCACAAUUCUCAGCCACGGAUUUCGAUUCGAGCUCGCAUGGAAGGCUUGCGACCCUACCCUCAAGGUUCUCGCCCCCUGGCGCAUGCCCGAGUUCUACAACCGAUUCGCUGGACGUGCCGAUCUGCUCAAGUUCGCCUCCGAGCAGAACAUCCCCGUCAGCUCUACCCCCAAGGCCCCCUGGUCUAUGGACGACAACAUCAUCCACUGCUCUUACGAGGCUGGUAUUCUCGAGCAAACCGAGCUUGAGCCCCCCAAGGACAUGUGGAAGCGCACUGUUGACCCCAUGAAGGCCCCCGAUGAGCCUACCCCCUUCGUUAUCCACUUCGAGCAGGGUGUUCCCGUUAAGCUCGAGGUUGGCGGCAAGACCAUCACUGGAUCUCUCGAGAUCUUCAAGGAGGCUAACGAGAUCGGCCGAAUCAACGGUAUUGGACGUGUCGACAUCGUCGAGUCCCGAUUCAUUGGUCUCAAGAGCCGAGGCUGCUACGACACCCCCGGUCUCACCAUCCUCCGACAGGCCCACAUCGACCUUGAGGGACUUGUCCUUGACUCCAAGGUGCGAGCCAUCCGUGACCGUCUUACUCAGGACUGGUCUGCCUGCAUCUACAACGGCAUGUACUUCAGCCCCGAGCGUGAGCUUGUCGAGCACGCCAUCAAGUUCUCUCAGCGCCAGGUUGAGGGUAAGGUGAGCCUUGUCGCCUACAAGGGCAACGCCUACGUCGUCGGACGAUCCAGCGAGACCUCCAACCUCUACUCCGAGGACGAGAGCAGCAUGGACACCCUCGACAUGAACUGGACUCCUCAGGACACCACUGGAUUUAUCGCCAUCCAGGGUAUCCGCCUCGAGAAGUACGGCGCCAGGAAGAUCAAGGACGGCGAGCCUCUUGCCCCUUAG